GGUAGCCUGGGUUAGUGCUGGCUCUGACUGAAUCAAAGACUUCAAGAGGAAGUUAAUGUUGUUCAACGCCAAUAAAACCAAUGAUCUGCUGUGCAGGUGUCAGGUAGCCUGGGUUAGUGCUGGAACUGACUGAAUCAAAGACUUCAAGAGGAAGUUAAUGUUGUUCAACGCCAAUAAAACCAAUGAUCUGCCAUGCAGGUGUCAGGUAGCCUGGGUUAGUGCUGGCUCUGACUGAAUCAAAGACUUCAAGAGGAAGUUAAUGUUGUUCAACGCCAAUAAAACCAAUGAUCUGCUGUGCAGGUGUCAGGUAGCCUGGGUUAGUGCUGGAUCUGACUGAAUCAAAGACUUCAAGAGGAAGUUAAUGUUGUUCAACGCCAAUAAAACCAAUGAUCUGCCAUGCAGGUGUCAGGUAGCCUGGGUUAGUGCUGGAACUGACUGAAUCAAAGACUUCAAGAGGAAGUUAAUGUUGUUCAACGCCAAUAAAACCAAUGAUCUGCUGUGCAGGUGUCAGGUAGCCUGGGUUAGUGCUGGAACUGACUGAAUCAAAGACUUCAAGAGGAAGUUAAUGUUGUUCACCUAAAUAAAACCAAUGAUCUGCCGUGCAGGUAUCAGGUAGCCUGGGUUAGUGCUGGAACUGACUGAAUCAAAGACUUCAAGAGGAAGUUAAUGUUGUUCAACUGACACUGUCUUAUGUUUGUCCAUUUUUUGAUCCAGACCAAAAAGUUUGAUAAUGAUAAAGACUACGAAAACUACACCACAACGUUUGCGGUAUUCUUACCUGCCAAAGUUAAAAAAGCUGGACUGACAUUGAAGAAGAAGAAGAAUAUAGCCUGGUCCAUAUUAGACCUACUGUCCAGUCUAUUUGUGAAUCAUGAAUAUCCGUGGAAGGGUUUCUACAGAUAUCAAGCCCCUCUCCCUGCAGCCACUCCUGCCAAACCCCCUACUUUCCCAGGACAAGACUUCAUUCCAAAACACAGGAUUGCUCUAGAAACUCGCCUGGGACUCUUGCAGCCCAUUCUCUUGCAUCUGGAGGAUCACAAGGUUCUGAAUGCUGAGGAGAGGGAGGAGGUGGUCAGUAAAUCCACCAAGACCCUACAGAACCAAGCCCUGCUGGACAUGGUGGUGAGGAAGGGGGAUGAAGCCCAGGAGAAGUUCUACCAGGUCCUGAGAGAAGCAGACGACUUCCUGGUCAGAGACCUGGAGAAGAAGAAAGCCUGAGAGGUUACCAUGGAUACAACAACAUAUGGAGAUAUUUCACUAUACUACUAAUAAAUGACCUGAGACAGGUAGCCAUGGAUACAACCUAGCCAUGGAUACCUCACAAAGAAGAUAUCAAAACAUUCAUAAGAGACAGAGAGAAACUUUGAGGAGGAGCCAUCCUGACCAGAGGUGGUUGGUGUGUAACGUGAUUGGACACCAUUCUCACCAGCACUCCCAUCAGUCUGUAGUUUACUAUACAAGCCCCAGGACUCAGGCAAGGUGACAUCACUGUGAAGCUACUGUCUACCAGACAACCUACCUGUGUUACUCUGGUACACUGGCUACAGACUACAAGAUCAGGGCUACUGUCUACCAGACAACCUAUCUGUGUUACUCUGGUACACUGGCUACAGACUACAAGAUCAGGGCUACUGUCUACCAGACAACCUACCUGUGUUACUCUGGUACACUGGCUACAGACUACAAGAUGAUUGAAUUUCUAUCUGUAACAUGGUGAAUGUUGAAUCAUCUUGGACAGGUCUCAGACAACAUGUGAGACUUAACAUCUACCAGACAACUGACUUGUACUGGACAGCUGUGCUGGCUGAACACCAGAUAUAUCUCUGUUUAGAUAUAGAGUAUAUGUUUAUAUAAUGGUAUUUUUAAGAGCAUCUUUUAAAAUGAAUGACAUUUUCCAACAAUAGGGACUAGUCUCCUUUUGUGAUUGAUCAGGAGGAUAGGAGCAACUCUUGAGAUAAGGAAUGUGUCCUUUAUGUUUGACUUCUCUGCCAUUACGGACUUAAUCAGGCUGAAUCUCAGGGACUCAUUUCACUCUCAGGGAAAGAUGUCAUAUUGUGUAGUGUUUAAAUAUCUGUUAUAGUGUUUUGUAAUUGCAUGAAUCUAUUUAAUCUCCCUCAAUUCAAUUGAGAUUACAAAUACUGUGUAUUAGCAGUAGGGGGAAACAGCCCCACUGUCCGCCCCACCAGUUGUUUUUGUUGCCUAGCAACGGAGCGUCGCGUAGCAUGCUAAAAAUGAUUAAAGUGAAUAUUGUGCUCCUCUAUUGAGCAUAAAAGGACGUUCAAGGGGAAAACAGUGUGGUUGUUUACAGUAGCUUGUUUGUAAUAUUGCAAAUGGACGUGGCUGUUUAACCAUUAAGGAUUCCAGCUUUAAUCAGCCUGAAUGUCAGGGACUCAUUUCACUCAGGGAAAUAUGUACUGUAGUGUAUAACAGAGUUGUGGUCAAUUCAGAAUUGAAUUUAGAAUGGCUCAUAAAUUCUAUUCAUGAAUUUGAAUUAAUAAGCAGGAUACCGAAUUGCAUUUCAAGGAAAUAGAGUUGAAUUCAGUAAUAUUCAAAUGCCUAUUCGAUUCUAUGGUUGUAGUCUAUACAAAUAUACAUCUUGUAAAUAAAAUACCAAACAUGUUAUAUACAUGCAUAUAAAAUAUUGAUGAAACAAUUGAUUUUCAGGACAAACUCUUCAAAUGAAUGAAAACAAGGAAAAGGAAACCUGUAGUUAUAUUUCAUUAAUCACUUAAAUGUUGUUCAAUAUGGGGGAAAUACAUUUCCCACAAUGCAUUAGUCUAAUGCACAAAUUUACCUUAAAGCCUUCAGGACAAAAACUGAUAGAGACAUAUCCCAAGCGACUUACAGCUGUAAUCGCAGCAAAAGGUGGCGCUACAAAGUAUUAACUUAAGGGGGCUGAAUAAUUUUGCACGCCCAAUUUUUCAGUUUUUGAUUUGUUAAAAAAGUUUGAAAUAUCCAAUAAAUGUCGUUCCA